UAAAGCUGUGCGGAAGUAUCAGCUGACUGAAGAGAACCUGCAGAGGGGAAUAAACACAAUAAAUACAUUUUAAGACUUUUAAAUUUAUAUGUGUUGGCCGCCGUCAGAAAUAUAUAAAAAAGGAUAUGUUCCAGUAGAAUACCGACCAGUGACAGGCCAAAAACAAACAUGGCAGCAAACAGCUUGGUGCUCCCCAUUGUUCUGUGGGGCCGCAAUGCUCCCACACACUGCAUUUCAACAUUGCUGGUUGUAGAUGGCCUGGCGACCAUUGUCACAGGUUGCCAUGAUGGACAGAUCUGCCUCUGGGACCUGACUUCGGAUCUGGAGAUCAGUCCUAGAGCUCUUCUCUUUGGUCACACUGCUUCGAUCACCUGUCUGUCAAAGGCGAGCUCUGGAAGGGAUAAACAGUAUAUUGUUAGUGCCUCAGAGAGUGGUGAGAUGUGCCUGUGGGAUGUUAGUGAUGGUCGAUGCAUAGAAUUUACUAAGCUGGCUUGCGCCCAUACUGGAAUACAGUUUUAUCAGUUUACCAUUGGUACCCAGCGAGAAGGAAGGCUGCUGUGUCAUGGACAUUACCCAGAAAUCUUUGUGGUGGAUGCCACCAGCCUAGAAGUCCUUUACUCUCUGGUGUCUAAAAUAUCUCCUGACUGGAUCAGCUCCAUGAGUAUUAUUCGGUCUCACAGGACACAAGAGGAUACAGUUGUUGCUGUGUCUGUGACCGGGAUAUUAAAAGUGUGGAUUAUUACUGCAGAUGUCAGUCGAAUGCAGGACACAGACCCCAUCUUUGAAGAAGAGUCCAAGCCGAUUUAUUGCCAGACCUGUCAGAGCAUUUCAUUCUGUGCUUUUACCCAAAGGUCCUUGUUGGUUGUCUGCUCAAAAUACUGGAGGGUAUUUGAUGCUGGGGACUAUUCUCUGUUAUGCUCAGUGCCUUGUGAAAAUGGACAGGCAUGGACAGGUGGAGACUUUAUUGCAGCUGAUAAGGUUAUUAUAUGGACAGAAGAUGGAUGCAGCUAUAUUUACAAACUCCCUGCCAGCUGUCUCCCAGCCAGCGAGUCUUUCCGCAGUGAUGUCGGAAAGGCUGCUGAGGGCUCCAUCCCACCCUUACUGUACAAUGUGCUGGACAGAAAGGACAAGCAGUUGCUCAUCUGCCCUCCUGUUACCUGCUUUUUCUAUGGCCGCCGGGAGCCGUUCCAUAAACUCCUGCUGCAGGGUGAUUCUGCUGGAAGACUCUCCAUUUGGAGCAUACCUGAUACCCCAAAGCAGCAGCAAAUCGGGUCCAGCAUUGAAGAGCUUGCAGUUACAACAUCAACUAGCCUUCAAGAAGCCUUUGAUACCCUGAUCCAUCGGCCAGCUGGCAUCAUUGACCAGCUGAGUGUGCUUCCCGGUGCAGAGGAGCCCCUGAAGGUGACGGCCAGUGUUUAUAUCCCGUCUCAUGGGCGCCUGGUUUGUGGUCGAGAGGAUGGCAGCAUAGUGAUUGUCCCAGCCACUCAGACUGCUAUAGUCCAGCUGCUACAGGGAGAACACAUGCUCAGGAGAGGCUGGCCCCCUCACCGGAUCCUGCGAGGUCACCGAAACAAGGUGACGUGCCUGCUGUACCCCCACCAGGUCUCUGCACGCUAUGAUCAGCGCUACCUGCUCUCUGGUGGGGUGGACUUUUCUGUCAUUGUCUGGGACAUUUUCUCAGGGGAGAUGAAGCACAUAUUCUGUGUCCAUGGAGGGGAGAUCACUCAGCUGCUCGUCCCACCUGAGAACUGCAGUACACGAGUUCAGCACUGUGUCUGUUCUGUGGCCAGCGAUCACUCGGUGGGACUCCUGAGCCUGCGUGAGAGGAAGUGCAUCAUGCUUGCAUCUCGUCAUCUUUUCCCAAUUCAAGUGAUAAAGUGGAGGCCCUCGGAUGACUACCUGGUGGUGGGCUGUUCAGAUGGAUCAGUUUAUGUCUGGCAGAUGGAUACUGGUGCAUUGGAUCGCUGUGUAAUGGGGAUCACUGCGGUGGAGAUCCUUAAUGCCUGUGAUGAGGCUGUUCCAGCAGCUGUAGAUUCGCUCAGCCACCCCGCUGUCAACCUUAAACAGGCCAUGACCCGCCGCAGCCUGGCUGCCUUGAAGAACGUGGCUCAUCACAAACUCCAGACCUUUGCUACCAAUCUGCUGGCCUCAGAGGCUUCAGACAAAGGUAAUUUGCCUAAAUACUCGCACAACUCACUGAUGGUGCAGGCUAUGAAGACAAAUCUGAUGGACCCUGACAUGCACGUCCUCUUCUUUGAUGUGGAGGCUGUUAUCAUCCAGCUGCUGACUGAGGAAGCCUCCAGGCCCUGUCCCACUCUGAUAUCUCCCGAGACCAUGCAGAAGGCCCCAGGCGGUGCUGACAAGGGGGGCUCCUUCCUGGCGGGGAAGCGGGCAGCCGUGCUGCUCAAGCAGGUGAAGGAGACCAUUAAAGAGAAUAUCAAAGAGCACCUGCUGGACGACGAGGAGGAUGAGGACGAUGAGAUGAGGAGGCAGAGGAAGGAAGACGCGAAGUCCAAGUCCCUGACGCAGCUGGAAUACAACCUCACAAUGGACACCGCCAAGCUCUUCAUGUCCUGCCUCCACGCCUGGGGGCUAAACAGCACGCUUGACAAAGUCUGUCUCAACCUCCUAGGCAUGCUCAAGCCCCACUACCCGGUCUCCUUUGGUCUGCUCUCCCGAGGAGGCCACAUGUCUCUCAUGCUACCCACUUUCAAGGACUCUGUGGCCAGGAUGGUACUGGGGGCCACUGAUGCAAUGGGCAGGAAGAUGUCUGUGUCUGAGGUGCUGGGAAAAGGCACAUAUGGUGUGUCUCGAGCUGUUACCACACAGCACCUCCUCUCUGUAAUCUCCUUAGCCAACACUUUGAUGAGUAUGACCAAUGCAACGUUUGUUGGAGAACAUAUGAAGAAGCCUCCAAUCAGGCCCCCAAAGCCAGGCACCCCAGAGGCAGCUCAAAAGAUGUCCCCACAGGUUUCCAAUACAGCCGUACAAGGACAGAUCAAACAAGCUCCUGCUGUUGCUACUAUUGGCCCUGAGGUUGUUCAUUCUGGUCCUGCUUUACAUACUUGCCCCUCAGUCAAUGAAGGAUGGAGUCAGCUAGCUGCCAUGCACUGUGUCAUGCUCCCAGAUUUGCUGGGGUUAGACAAAUUCCAACCUCCGCUACUGGAAAUGUUAGCCCGCAGGUGGCAAGAUCGAUGCUUGGAGGUGAGAGAGGCUGCCCAGGCCUUGCUGCUGGCAGAGUUGCGAAGAAUUGAGCAGACAGGACGAAAAGAAACCAUAGACCUUUGGGCACCGUAUCUGCCACAAUACGUUGACAGUGCCAUUUCACCUGGAGCGGCUGCAGAGUCUGUUCAGACUCCCCCUGUAAUUCCUGAACCUCAGGGGACCGAAAUCAAAGUCCAGGAGGAAGAGGCUGACCUCACAGAUGAUGACAUCGCAGCAGGGUGCCUGUCUGGUCUCCUGCCACACAUGAAGAAAAUUUCAUCCUAUGAGGAAAGACGCAAACAAGCAACAGCUAUUGUCCUCCUGGGGGUGAUCGGAGCAGAGUUUGGCGCCGAGAUCGAACCUCCAAAACAUCCAUCUCGGCCUCGCACUGCAUCCCAGGCUCCAGAUGGAUUUGGACUUACCACGGGAGGUUCCAAUUACUCCCUUGCCAGGCAUACAUGCAAGGCGCUCACAUUCCUCCUGCUGCAGCCGCCCAGCCCCAAACUUCCUUCUCAUAGCACCAUUCGCCGGACUGCCAUUGAUCUCAUUGGUCGGGGCUUCACAGUCUGGGAGCCCUACAUGGACGUCUCAGCCGUGCUGAUGGGGCUGCUGGAGCUUUGUGCCGACUCUGAAAAGCAACUCUCUAACAUCACAAUGGGCCUGCCUCUCAACCCAGCGGCAGACUCGGCCCGCUCUGCUCGACAUGCUCUCUCGCUCAUUGCCACGGCCAGACCACCAGCUUUCAUAACAACCAUCGCCAGGGAGGUUCACAGACAUACUGCCCUGGCAGCUAAUGCCCAGUCUCAGCAGAACGUGCACACCACCACGCUGGCACGGGCCAAGGCAGAGAUUCUACGAGUGAUUGAAAUCCUGAUUGAGAAGAUGCCCACUGAUGUAGUGGAUUUACUCGUAGAGGUAAUGGACAUCAUAAUGUACUGCCUUGAAGGAUCCUUAGUCAAGAAGAAAGGCCUUCAGGAAUGUUUCCCUGCUAUUUGUAGGUUCUACAUGGUUGGUUAUUGUGAACGUAGUCACAGGAUAGCAGUCGGGGCUCGUGUUGGCUCUGUGGCACUCUACGAUGUCCGCACUGGAAAAUGUCAGACGAUCCAUGGUCAUAAGGGACCCAUAACAGCAGUGUCAUUUGCUACAGAUGGGCGGUACCUAGCUACGUAUUCAAAUGCUGACAGUCAUAUUUCCUUCUGGCAGAUGAACACAUCAUUGCUGGGGAGCAUUGGUAUGCUGAACUCUGCACCUCAGCUGCGCUGCAUUAAAACAUACCAGGUCCCUCCAGUCCAGCCUGUCUCCCCCGGCUCCCAGACUGCACUAAAGCUGGCACGACUGAUCUGGACCUCCAACCGCAAUGUCAUCCUGAUGGUUCACGAUGGCAAGGAGCACCGUUUCAUGGUCUGAGGACCGGGCAAUACAACUAAAUCAUCACAAGAUCAACAGGCUGUGGUAAUCGCUGACCAUGUAGUCUGUAAAAGAUUGUUUGCCGUUUUUGGUUGUUUACAUCAAGAUUAUCAUUUUUUUAAGGUUAAAUGUACAUUCAAACCUGUUUUAGGGAUUAAAAGUUGUCUCUUAUAGACAGUCUUAUACAAAUGGUGUUUCGUUCAGGUUUUACUGUAAAUUGGUUUCAGACUUGUUUUUCAUUCCAAAAAAGGAGACAAUGAUAAUCAUAGAGAAUAUCGGUGCCCCAUCUGCAAAAGAAAAUGGUCAUCAAUAAAGGUACAUGUAAAAAAGCAUAUUAACUUAUAAAAAACAUUAUCAAGACUGCAUAAUUUACUUGUGAUCUAGACCUGUCUGUGCUAUGUAAUCUCUAGUUAUGAUUUGUUUGUAUUGUUAAUAGAUGAAAUCCUGUCAGUGGCACCAUGUGAAACAAUACAUGUAUUUAACAAGCCAAAGAGCCAGCAAGCUGAGCGUAGAUUGGUUCUUGGCUGUCCAUCUAUUGCUGAGGCUUUUGAGCAUUAAUGCAAAAUGUGUAUUUCAAAAGUAAUAUAUAGCCACCCUAUGACCGAUCAGGUAUGAUUAAUCUGCUUUCUUCCAUGUCGUGCAAUACCUUGAGCUGCCUUUCUUCUGCAGCUUCUCACACUUCAUUUUAGCAAAGGAAGGAAUCGUUUAAUUCUUGGGACAUUGACCGAAUGCAGAAAGCUACCACUUUUUUUCCUUUCUGGGUUUAUAGUAACAAUCAAGCAAGGUUCUGCAAGAAUGCGUCUGCUGUGAAUGUCCUUGUUUUGAGUAAAGCUUCAGGUUUAACACACGUUCAGAAUGGCUUAUAACUCCUGAAAGUAAAGCAAACAAUGCUUGUACAUUAUUAUGCCAUUGUUCUAAUUAGCAGAUAAUUCACUAAUUUAAAAACAGCGCUACAUUAAAGAUAAUAACUAAGGCUUUAAAAUACAUGUACAUCUCGUGAGCAUAACCAUUUUCUUACAAGUUCUGUAUCAUUCCUCUGAUGUUCAGUUUAGUUUUCUGUAAGUUUAGUUUUUCAUCUUGUCUAUCUAAUCCUUUCGAGAAAGAAAAUCUACUGGCAUAUUGACAACAAACCGGUUACAGUAAUAUCUCUAGUUAAACUCUAAUCUGAAAAAAAGAAAAAUUUGCACAAUUCAAUGUGUACGUUUUAAAGUCAUAAUUUCCAAGCAGAAUCGUGCUUUCAGCCUCUCCGGUGUUCAGUGAGUGUGUAAAUGAAUAGUAGUGCUUGGUUACUCAAAUGCAAUAGUUUCAUAAUUUUUCUAUAUGUUUACCUCUUGUUUUUUCACUGCUGUUCUGAGAAAUAGUCGAGUUUGGAUAUCACUGCUGAUCUCAGCUGAUUGGAAGGAUUAAGAAUGGUUUGAAGUAUUCGAAACCAGAUUUUUCACCAUGAAAUGGGUUUGCAAUCAUCGAGUAUAAAGAAAAUAUUCUGGAAGAAACCAAGGCUCUGCAAUUUAGAUGUCUGGAGCUUGACUUGUUAGCCUUUGUUUUGUGUAAUUGUUGAGUACUAAUUGAGAAUUUAAGAUAUAAUAUCACUUAAAAUAGGCCUAUUCUGUCACUGAAUGCAAGUCAAUGCUCAGCUGUGUUAUAGAUAAGCAUGCUUUGCAUGUAAAGCUGUACUAUUCUGAAGCUGAUUUCUAAAUAAGGUUGAAAAAACUGAAUUUCAGCAAGUUUAUUAUAACUACAGAUGUGUUGUAUGUGUCUUAAACUCCACCCAUUUUUAAAUUGGUACAAUAUUCAACACCACUGUUUCCCAAUUAGAAUGCCAGUGCUAAUAUUAUGAUCAUAUCACGUCAUGCUUUACAGCUACAACCCAAUGCAAAUUCACCACAUUAACCAAAUGUCAGGCUGCACGGGAAGGCUGGAUACGUUUUUCAAACCUUUCUGCACUGACCAGGGGUCAGAACCACAUUGGUUUGUUUAUCCCAUUUUGCAGCUGUGUAUAAAUGAAGGAGGUAGGGAAUGUUGCAGACGCAACUGAACUUGAGGUCAUAACCUAAGAGAAGCAGAUAUUACUGUAGCCAUAUGUUUACGUCUUUAUUUCACCACCAGUUUUCCAUUUCCUUUGACUUUGUAACCCAACCAUCACUGACAUCAACAGCAGACAGCAGCAGGCACGUCAAACAGGCUGAGCUGCCUGAAUCCUAUGGCUACUCAUAAGACUGCAAAUUCCCUCUUGGCAAUCCUGUUAAGUUCCACUCCCCUAGUGAUAAUACCUUAACAACAAGAAAGAAUACACAAUUUACACUCACCACUCACAGCUGAAAUGUUGUAGCUGGUAUCAACGAUAAAGUUCUCAAGGCACCUGUUUAUUGCAACAACUUUCACAGCUGCAGUAAAUUAAAUUAGUUUUGCCAAAUGUGCUGCUGCCAUCUACCCAUUGAAAGUCAGUCCAUAUUGUAGUUGAACAAAUUUGGAAGUUUUAAUAGAUUGAUGAUAAAUCCCAUCAAGAAACAUUAAAUACAGUGUCCUGAAAACUAGGCUUUAGACGUACGCUGCCGGUGAAACUCCAAACCAAUUACAUUUCUAACCCUAACAGCGGUUUACCAUAAAACUGAGUUAGAUAUCUUGCCACAAUUUAGAUUUCUUAAUUUUUUCUCAGUAUUUCGUGGGGGCUGUUUCCUCCCAUAUAGGCAUCCUUCCCAUAGACUGCAUUUGUGAGUAGUGAUUUGGUACAGGAAUUGAACAAUAAAACUAUUUAAAUUAAAAUUGAUAGUCAUGCAAACCAAUAUUAAUUGUAACAGCGCAAUGACUGGAGAAAUUACAUGAUAAACCAGUGUUAAUCAUAUCAAGUGUUGUUUUGUCAGAAUAUAUGAUUUUGUUCAACAAAUUAACCAAAUCCCAAGUGCUGUACAUCAUCUCCACCUUCUUGCAACAUCUCUCAAAAUUGCAUUUCUAUACAAAGUUAAUUACAAGCUCUUUGCAUUAUUCCAAACAGAUGCUGAAAGGAAAAUCCCCACAGUUGUACUCUCAGACCCUGCACUUUUGCACUGUCAAUGCUCAGCUCUCUGCACCAUAGUCAAAUUUGUAUUGUUACUCCUGUGUAAGCUUUAAGUGUGUUAUUGUUUUGUUAUUACUGUAUUUGGAACUGUCCUUCUUGUAAAUGUAGACAUGUAAGUGGGUUUAUUGUCAAUAUAUUUGUUUGAGAUGUGACAUUACAUGGUAAUAAUCAUAUGAUAAUAUACAGUAGUAGCUAUGGAAGACACUUCACUGUACAUGGCAAUAGUGUGUGUGUAUAUGGACCAUCUGUGAUUAUACUGAAUAAGUACAGUACUGUAAAUGAUAUGUUACUUUAUGUUGUGUGUACACCCAUGUUCAAAUAAAAUAAAUAUAAAUGAAA